AUGGCAGAUAGUGUGGUGGAACUAUUGUUAAAUAAACUUUUUUGGGUGAUAAAGGAAGAGGUGAAUUUACAGACAGGAGUCAAAGAUGAAAUUAGAAAGAUCAAAGAUGAACUUGCAGCCAUGAAAACUUUCCUAAGAUUUGCUGAUGUCGAAAAAGAGGAAAAUCCAAUGCUUAAGUUAUGGGUGGAUCAAGUGAGAGACGUUACCUUUGAGAUAGAAGAUGUUGUCGACGAUUACUUGAUUCGAAUUGCUUUUGAUGAUGAUGCAGGUACUCGCAAAUUGCUUCAUUUGUUCCGCUUUCAGAAAGUGGAACCGAGGCACGAUAUCGGUUCUGAGCUACAAAGCAUCAAAGACAGAGUGAAUGAAAUAGCAGAGCGUCCAAAAAGGUAUGGCUAUGAUCUUUCUCUCUACAAUAAAGGUUCGAGUUCAAGCUCAGACAGAGGCACUUCAGAGAUGGAUCAGUUUCGAAGGGAUGUUCCAGCUUUGGUUGAUGAAAGGCAAUUGGUUGGCAUAGACGCAGCAAAGAAGGAGGUGGAGAAAUUUCUCAACGAUGGUGACCCCAAUCUCAAAGUUGUCUCCAUUUUUGGCAUGGGAGGGUUGGGUAAAACAACCUUAGCCAGACAAAUCUGUCGUGACAUGUCGUCCCAUUUCGAACGACGUGCGUUUGGCAUUGUUUCCCAAACCCUGAUGGAAGAUGGGUUUUUCAAAGAUAUAACUGAGCAGUUGUUCUCCAGAGACGGAGAAAUGUUGGAAAUGAAACAAUUGUUGCAACUCCCAUUGCAUCAGUUGAAAGUAAGACUGAGGGAAAGGCUCGAGAAUGAAAGGUACUUGAUUGUGGUUGAUGACGUGUGGAAAACCAAACACUGGGAUCAGAUUAAACUGUCAUUCCCCAGAAACAACCAUGGGAGCAGAGUCAUUGUUACUACGCGCAUGGAAAACGUGGCAAACCACUCUUGCGUGGAGUACGGUGGUCAUGUCCAUCGACUACAACCUUUGAAUGAAAAUGAUUCUUGGGAUCUGUUCUGUAAGAGAACAUUCCCAACACAGCCUUGCCCUUCCCAUUUGGAACCCAUUUGCAAAGAUAUUGUUUUUAACAAGUGCAAGGGAGUUCCUAUUGCUAUAUUGGCAAUUGGUGGCCUUUUAAGUACCAAAAACGUGGGUGACGUUGGCGCUUGGAAGAACGUUCAAGAGAGUCUUGACAUUGAGUUGAAGGAAAAUCCUGAACUAGAAAUGACCAAAAAGAUACUCUCUUUGAGCUUUGAUGAUUUGCCUUAUCACCUCAAACCUUGUUAUAUGUACUUGUGUAUUUUCCCAGAAGACUCUCUCAUAAAGUGGACGAGAGUGAUUAGGUUGUGGAUCGCAGAAGGUUUUGUGACAAAGAGAGGUGGGAGAAGGGCCGAGGAGCAUGCUGACAACGAUUUGUGUGAGCUUGUUAGCAGAAGUUUGAUACAAAUAGUUGAAGAAAGAGAGGAUGGAAGUAGAAGGGUGAAGUGGUGUCGCAUCCAUGACUUUCUACGAGAGUCAAAAGAAGAGAGAUUUGUUCACAUGGCAGAUACGGUGGAAGUUGGAGCAAGGCGAUUAUGUAUUCAUGCAAAUGCAAUAAAGAGAGGCAUCGACAUUAACUUACUAUUGACAUUGCCUCAACGACUUCGUUCUCUGCUAAUGUUCUUUAAUAUCCCUCAAGACGAGGCAAAGGCAAAAGUAAAUGGAGCUUUGUUUUUGCGAGAUAUUGGCUUCAAGUUUAAUAAGCUACUUAGUGUGUUAGAUUUGGAAAGAGCUCCCUUAGAUGCAUUUCCUGAAGGAAUUUGCACGUUGCUCCUCUUAAGGUAUUUGUGUUUGAAAAAUACUAAAAUCUCAAAGCUUCCAAAGUCCAUUGGGAAUUUGCAAAGGCUAGAAACGUUGGACCUAAGGUACACCUUGAUUAAUGAGCUACCUAAAGAGAUAUCAAUGCUGCAUAAAAAGCUUUGCCAUCUUUUGAUUUCUCGUUGCCAUCAAGUGGGAAAAGCUAGUAAGAUACGUCAGGUUGACAAGGAAAUAGUAUAUUUGAAUGGUAAGAAAAAUGUGAAAUAUUAUAUUUCCUAUAAUGAUCAAUCAUGUGGUGUUAAGAUAACAUGCGACAUUGGAAGGUUUGAAUCAUUACAAAAGGUGAGCUUCCUUGAAGCACCAAAAAUGAGCGGGUGGAUAAAGGAUCUGGGGAGGUUGACCCAAUUGAGAAAGUUAGGUUUGGUUAAAUUGAGAAAGGAACAGCGGAGAGAAGUGUGUGUAUGCAUUUCCAUAUUGAUAAAUCUGCGUUCUCUAAUACUUCAAACAGAUUACUUGUUUGAGUUGGAAGAUGUGUCCUCACCUCCAAAUCUUCAAAAAUUACUUUUGAAUGGUAGUCUAAAGGAGUUACCAAGUUGGGUGCGUGCUUCAUCUCUACAAAACUUGCUUGUAUUGAAGUUGAUGAAUACGAGACUGAAGAAGGACCCUGGCCCGUCUCUCAUGGGCUUGCCCAAAUUGAGUAGGCUUGAGCUUUACAAGGCUUUCGAUUAUGGCACAAAGAUGAGGGUAGUGCUGCCUGGUAAUACUUUCCCAAGCCUUACCACAUUGAGAGGAUACGAUGAUAAUGCCUCUUACGAGUUUGACUUAGAGGAGAGGAGUAAAGAAGAACGAUGGGAAGAGAUUGCCCUCGUGUUGAAUUCUCUAGCUGUUCCCCAGUUUGACGAUGUUUCAAUUGGCUUAGAUGAACUCAUCCCCUUAGCUUCAGCUCAUUAA